UAAAGUUAGUAACACUAGCUACGUUUUAUACAGUGAGUGGGAACUCAUCCAACCUAGCAUAACAAGAGGAGAGGCUGAAUCAAUGAGCUCCUGUGUGAAGAAAACUUGAGCUGUCCUCCAUCUACCCUCUUCCCCUCCUCUCUCCCGGCCCCUGGGCCAGGGAAUGUGCCGGCUGGGAGAUGCCUUACGUGGAUCGGCAGAACCGGAUCUGUGGCUUCCUGGACAUCGAGGAAAACGAGAGCAGUGGGAAGUUCCUGCGUCGCUACUUCAUCCUGGACACCCAACCGGGCAGCCUGGUGUGGUACAUGGACAACCCUCAGAACCUGCCCAUCAGUGCGGACUGUGUUGGCUCACUCAAACUCACCUACAUCUCCAAGGUCAGCGACGCCACUAAGCAGAGACCCAAGGCAGAGUAUUGCUUCGUCAUCAACGCUGGCAUGAGGAAAUUCUUCCUCCAGGCCAAUGAUCAGCAGGACCUGGUGGACUGGGUGAACGCUCUCAAUAAGGCCACCAAAAUCACUGUGCCAAAGUCCUAUGAUGGCCAACAUAAUGUGGAGACCCAGAAAGCUCUUCUGGACAACCUGGGACCCAAGAAGCAGGUCUCCUACAGGACUGACAUCAUCGGGGGAGUUCCCAUCAUAACUCAGAUGCAGCAGGAAAGGGGAGAGGGCCAGGAGGGUUCCGAGCGAGAGUUGCUGCAGAGAUCCCACAACCAGCUGCCAUACUUCCUGGGCAGGCCGACCCAAGACAAGACGGUCAUCAAGUCUGGCUAUUGUGUGAAGCAGGGAGCUGUGAUGAGGAAUUGGAAAAGGAGAUAUUUCUUACUGGAGGAGAACUCAAUGAGUUACUUCAAAUCAGACCUGGAGAAGGACCCUCUGAGAAUUAUUCCAUUGAAGGAGGUCCACAAAGUUCAGGAGUGCAAACAGAGUGACAUCAUGAUGAGGGAUAAUCUCUUUGAGGUUGUCACCACUUCUAGGACCUUUUACAUUCAGGCUGACAGUCCAGAGGAGAUGCACAGCUGGAUCAAGGCUGUCUCUGGGGCCAUCGUAGCCCUGCGGGGACCUGGGAGAUCUGCAGCCACACAGGAGCACUGUGGCUGUUCCUCCUCUUCCACAUUCUACAGCAGCCACCCGGGGCCCCCCGUCCCUCGCUCGCCCAUAUCUGCAGUGCCACCCUACCCAGAAUGCCCUGCUGUCACGGGCGGCGCACGCCCGGAGCCUGGCGUGGGACAGCGAGCAUUUCAUGAGCCUCCUACCACGACCCAGCCAUGCCCGACUGUCACUGCAGGAGACACGCCUGUCCAAGUGACUGCUGCCACCACACUUGAGUCGCCAUGGAGACGGUGCAGCACCUUUGAGGGCUACCCACCAGAACCCCCCCCUUGACUUGGACCCUACCGACCUGCCAGUCAGUGAAGUCUGACCCCUACCAACAAACUAGGAGAUGAUGUGUGACAACAGUGAUAAUGGAGGAAAUGAGAGGAGUGCUUUUGAAUAACCGAGAGAAGCAGAACCAGGGGGUUGCUGGUCUCCUCCACCAAACUGACCAGAAGUCAUCUGGAUAGAAAUGGCAGAAAGCAGAAACUGGACUCCAUGCCAAAGUGAAUGACUGUAUAAUAUGUCUGACCUCCAUCCAUCUCGUUAUCUAACCCAACUAGUCAACCCUGGUCAGAUAUUAGAGUUGAAAGUCACUCAGGGACAGAGGGGUUGCAUUCUCUCCCGGUGUUUCAUUGUUAGUCAUCUGCUCAGUUCAAGUUGAGGCCUGUGUACACAUGCAUAAAGUCAUGCAAUCAGGUGUGUGUGUGUGUGGGGAGGGUGGGAUUCACACUGAGCUCUAUGCCAAAGAUACGCCAUUUGCCAUUUUCUCCCACCUCAGAUCAAACGUUAAUGUUCGCCUACACAUUUAGAUUUAAAAUGCAAUGAAGAGUUUUACCUGCAACUCCUGACUACACACAAAGAUUCAUUCAACAAUUUGUGUGCUAGUGAGUGUAUAUUUUAAGGGAGCAAGCUAUAUUGUCUGAGGGAAUAGUUGUCAAGCUACAGAAAUAAUCAUGCCUGGUCAUUUCAUACAUUCACUGUUGUUCUUAUUGAACAUUGUCUUUAUUGUUUUACUUUACUGUAUGGUGUAUGACCCAAAUUAUUCUCACAGACAUUUUCGUCAUCUGAUUUUACAAUCCCACUCAAGAUCCACACCAUAGUGUUACAGUUAGAAAGUUGUUGGCACACACUGUGGACUGGUACGAGAGGACUGUGCAGCUCCAAAGCAAGCCAUGUGGGUCAUUCCACCAAUUCGGUGCCUUUUUGAGAAGUAUAAAGUGGUAAAAAAAUAAUUUAAAAAAAUCACCUUAAUUAGCAUUCUGUCAUAAAGAGCACAUUUUCAACUUUAGCAAGUCUUUAUACAGAUGCAAAAAAAUCUGAUUUAUUGAAUUAUUUGUGUUGUCUAUAUUAAAGGCUACUUCAUUUAAUGUAACAGACUUAAAUGUGUUGUUGGUGCACAAUUUUUACUUAACAUAUCAAAGGGAAGCAAAAACACUCAUUUUGUGCAACGAUCCAUGGAUGUUUGCCUAAUCCUGCAGGGUACUGUUUUGGGGUUAUCUUCGGACUUGUACCAAUAGGAGCUUAGUGGGGGAGUGAGUCGAGCGACAGAGUGAGGUGGCUUCAGUACGGGACCAAAGUCAACAGCAGUCACUACUAGGGAAGGGAUGGCCAGAGUGUCUUGCAGAGAUGAUGUUUAAAUAAAUACUGGUCACCAAACCUGCCUGACCUCUUCAGACCUGUGUACUGUACAGUGGCUUCAACCAUUUUAAUGACUGCUGCCCUAUUUGUUGAGUUAUGACAAUGACAGCUGCUGUUUUGUGCGUGUGAUAACAUUGGUUUAUGUUGUAAAAUGAUGUGGUAAGAUGUAUAUUUCCGUUUGAACUUCCAUGUGCCUGUAUUGCCAGGUAGUGGAGGUUAACCCAACAAUACUACUCAAAAGUAUUUUUUCAAUAGCUCUCAGUAGUGGUUUUGCCAAACCAUAUAGCUGCUAAAGUGCCAUAAAUUCUAUAAAAAUAAAAUGUUAUUCUAA